AUGGCCCAUACGCUAUUUCCACUCCCUUAUUCCUAUACAGCUCUUGAACCUCAUAUGGAUGCUAGAACUCUUGAAGUCCAUUAUACAGCUCAUCACAAUUCUUAUGUGACCAAGCUAAAUGCAGCUCUUGCUGAUUUCCCGGACAAAGCCAAUCUCGAUCUUACUGCUUUGCAGCAUCUUGUAUCAGGCACUAACCCUGCUGUCAUCAACAACGCAGGUGGACACUAUAAUCACACUCUUUUUUGGCAGAAUAUGGGCCCUGUUGGUUCUUCAAACCCAGCUCCAUUUGGAGAACUUGCUGCCAAAAUUGAUCAAAAAUUUGGCUCAUUUCAAGCUUUUAAAGAGCAAUUUACAGCUGCCGCUGUUAAUAAAUUUGCAUCUGGUUGGGCAUUUUUGACUGUCAAGCAGGAUGGGACGCUUGAAGUCCAUAACACUCCUGGACAUGAAAACCCUCUCAUGGACGGAAUUGGAACAGUCCAUGGAGUCCCAAUUCUGACUUGUGAUGUUUGGGAGCAUGCCUAUUAUUUGAAAUAUCAACAGAGGAGGCCUGAAUUUGUGGAAAAUUGGUGGAAAAUUGUCAACUGGGAUGCCGUGGUGAAAAAUUAUGAAAAUUAUGCAAAGAAAGGGCAGGCAGUGCCAUUUGCUAGACCUGCUAAGAAAAGUGGGUGCUGUAGUAUUUUUUUUACAAAAGAGAUAGAAUAUGAUUACCAUUCUCUGGUUAAUCUAAACUUGCUUAAAAACUUAAGCGCUAUGACUGGUUUUCCAUUUUCAAAAGUAGUUGAUUGUAGCAUCAAGUUGGAGGAGAUUGGUUAUAUCUUAGAUGAGCUUGACCUUGAAACUAUAAUAAAUAAAAUGGCAUUCGGUUCGAGAGAAAUUAGCUUUGCUAAUUUUCUCUCCAUCAUGGAAUUUUAUUUAUAGGGUUAGGUUUUCACUCGAGAACUUCUGGACAGUAAUAGCAGUUUAACUCUGGGGAUAAACCAGAGGAACCACUCCUCAGUCCUCUCAAGAUUUCGGGCUUUUUACCUCUCAGCACAUCCCCACGGGAGGAUGACCCUUUAGGCGGAACACGCGCAGGAGCUGAGUCGAGCGACAAGGGCGACGGCAUCGCGCCGGGUGAGACGUGCAGCAAGGCUGGUGAAGCAGGAGUUGAUAGAAGGCUUGGCCAGGGCUGACCUGUUCCAAGAUGGCUCGCCUACGUCACUAGUUUUGCCAUAGGCCCUUUUGGGCUGCGGCACUAGACACCUUAAACACCAGAUAAUUAAGUAAGUAAGACCUUGAAACUAUAGGGAGCUUGAUGAUAAGUAUGGAAUAA